AUUCUCUGCCUUAUUCCAUACGAGUGCUGUUUGAAUCCAGUGUCCGUAACUGUGAUGGCUUCUUAGUGAAAGAAACGGAUGCUAUGAACAUCUUAGACUGGAAGACAAAAAAGAAUAAUGUUGAAGUGGCCUUCUUUCCACGGGGUAUCCUGGUUUCAGAUGGAAUUCCAGCGAUGGUGGAUUUUGCUGCCAUGAGGGAAGCUGUGAGAAAUGCUGGAGGAGAUCCUGUGAAAGUCAAUCCUGCCUGCCCAACUGAUCUCACUGUUGACCACUCUCUGCAGAUUGAUUUCAGCAAAUGUGCAAUCCAGAACGCUCCGAACCCUGGAGGUGGCGAUACACAGAAGCCAGUAGCAAAGCUGUCCCCGAUGAAGGCGCAGCCUCGGAAGGUGCCCUGCAGGGGUCAGGCCGGCUGCCGGGGGCCCUGUGGCGCCGGGGAGGCCGCUCGCAGCCCGGGACAGUUUUCCGCACAGAUUGAGAACACGCCGAUCCUGUGUCCGUUCCACCUCCAGCCCGUGCCUGAGCCUGAGACAGUAUUGAAAAAUCAAGAGAUGGAAUUUGGCAGAAACAAAGAGAGGCUUCAGUUUUUUAAGUGGAGUUCCAAGGUUUUCAAGAAUGUUUCCAUAAUCCCACCUGAGACUGGAAUGGCACACCAAGUUAACUUGGAAUAUUUGUCCAGAGUUGUUUUUGAAGUUAAAGAUUUCCUAUAUCCUGAUAGUGUGGUUGGCACAGAUUCUCAUACAACCAUGGUAAAUGGCUUGGGUAUCUUGGGCUGGGGUGUUGGGGGCAUUGAAACAGAAGCAGUGAUGCUGGGGAUGCCGCUUACUCUCACUUUGCCUGAGGUUGUUGGGUGUGAACUGACAGGUACAGCCAGCCCGCUUGCUACAUCCAUAGAUAUUGUUGUGAGCAUUACAAAGCAUCUUAAGCAAGCUGAUGUCGCUGGAAAAUUUGUGGAGUUUUUUGGGAGUGGAGUUUCCCAGCUGUCUGUAGCAGACCGAACCACGAUAGCAAAUAUGUGUCCUGAGUAUGGUGCUAUUCUGAGCUUUUUCCCUGUUGAUAAUGUGACACUGAAGCACUUAAAGCAUACAGGUUUUGACAAGGCCAAGCUUGAGGUCAUGGAAGCGUAUCUUAAAGCUGUGAAGUUAUUUAGGAGUGAUGAGAGUUCUUCCAGAGAACCUGAGUAUUCCCAGGUUGUGCAAAUUAGUUUAAGUUCUAUAAUUCCAUAUGUCAGUGGCCCCAAGAGGUCCCAAGACAGAGUGGCUGUUAAUAAUAUGAAAAGUGACUUCCAAGCCUGCUUAAAUGAAAAGUCUGGUGUUAAAGGCUUUCAGAUUGCAGAUGAGAAACAGAAUGACAUUGUACCUGUUCAGUAUGAAGGAAAUGAAUACAAGCUAUCUCACGGCUGCAUUGUCAUUGCUGCAGUAAUCAGCUGUACAAACAAUUGUAAUCCAUCUGUCAUGCUUGCUGCAGGACUUUUGGCCAAAAAAGCUGUUGAAGCUGGCCUAGUGGUUAAGCCCUACAUAAGAACAAGUUUAUCACCAGGCAGUGGAAUGGUUACACAUUACCUCAGUUCAAGUGGAGUAUUGCCAUACCUCAGUAAGCUUGGGUUUGAGGUUGUUGGUUAUGGUUGUUCAACCUGUGUUGGAAACACUGCCCCCUUGCCAGAAGCCAUUAGGAAUGCAAUCAAGCAGGGAGAUAUAAUUGCCUGCGGAGUGUUGUCUGGAACAAAGAACUUUGAAGGACGUCUCUGUGACUGUGUCCGUGCCAACUACCUUGCUUCUCCACCACUAGUAGUUGCUUAUGCUAUUGCAGGCACGGUCAGAAUAGACUUUGAAACUGAGCCUUUGGGCACUGGCUUCAAUGGUGAAGGCAUUUACCUACGAGAUAUUUGGCCCACCCGAAAAGAACUUCACACUGUGGAGGAGGAGUGUGUGAUAUCAGCCAUGUUUAAGGAGUUGAAAGAGAAAAUGGAGAAAGGAAACAAACGAUGGAAUCUACUGGAAGCACCUGAGUCAACUUUAUUUCCCUGGGAUUUAAAAUCUACUUAUAUCAGAUGUCCUUCCUUUUUUGAUAAACUUGCCAGAGAACCAGUUUCACCACAACCGAUUGAAAAUGCCCAUGUCUUGCUCUUUUUGGGAGAUUCAGUAACUACAGAUCACAUAUCCCCUGCUGGAAGCAUUGCAAGGAGUAGUGCUGCUGCUAAGUAUCUGACCAACAAAGGACUCACACCUCGUGAAUUCAACUCUUAUGGAGCUCGAAGAGGUAAUGAUGCUGUGAUGACAAGAGGUACCUUUGCAAAUAUCAAGCUUCUGAAUAAGUUCAUUGGAAAACCAGCUCCCAAAACAGUUCACUUCCCAUCAGGGCAAACGCUAGAUGUGUUUGAAGCAGCAGAGCUCUACCAGAAAGAAGGCAUCCCCGUAAUUAUUCUAGCAGGAAAGAAGUAUGGACUGGGUAGCUCAAGAGACUGGGCUGCAAAAGGGCCUUUUCUACUGGGUGUUAAAGCUGUCCUGGCUGAAAGCUAUGAGAAGGUUCAUAAAAGCCAGUUGAUUGGGAUUGGCAUAGCUCCACUUCAGUUUCUUCCUGGGGAAAAUCCAAGUACUUUGGGUCUCACUGGCAGAGAGCAAUUUUCUAUAUUGUUCCCUCCAGAGCUGUCACCUGGAAUGACUUUGGAUAUUAAGACAAGCACUGGAAAAGUAUUCAGCGUGAUUGCCUUGUUUGAAAAUAACAUGGAGAUAACUUUAUACAAGUAUGGUGGAAGUCUAAACUUUGUGGCUCGAAGAUUCUUAUAGUAGACUGACUGAUAUGGGUACCUUGCAUAACUGGUAAUGCUGAAAAUGCCUUGUGUGAACCCAGGAAUCUGUACUGUGGAACUGCAAACAGUCCUAGUGUGCUCAAAGUUACUUCGUCCAUGGAUGUAAAAGAUUGUGAAUCAUUGUUACUGCAACAAGAUCCUUCCUGAUUUUAAAUAAUAUUCUAAUGGUGCUAUUAAACAUUGCUAAAAUCAACAUGUGUGUUGUGGCAGAGAGCUGUAAGUAUGGAGGGGAUGUUUUAUCAGACCAUUUUGUAAAUAAACAAUGCAAAAUCUGAA